GUAUCACUCUCUAAUAAUCGGCCAGCGUGGACCACUAGAUCAAGGCUACUCUUAUUCGGGCUCCAAAGUGCAAACCCUGCUGGUUUCGGAGGCGGGAACGCGAGCCAUUAUCAGACCGCAGCGCGCAAAUCAAAAAUCACGACCGGAGCAUAGAGCAAAACACAAUCAGUUCGAAAAUGGAGAGACACAGCUCCAACAACGAUUUCCACACUCUACUAGAAGCCAUCAAAUCUUCAGAUGUUGUAGAGAGCCGAGUUCAGUUGCUUGUUAAACUCACCGAGUUAGAUUUACCCGAGAAAUCUGACGCGGCAUUACUUGCUGAAUCUCUCGCAAAACUUUGGGAAGAUUUCACUUGUUUGGAUGUUUCACAGUGUUUGCUAAACAAGGCGAUAGUAGAGGUGGCUGCAAAAUAUGUAAAUUUAGACUUAUCAGCAUGUUUACUACAAUUUCUUGAACUUGGGAUAAAGGCAAGCGUAUGGUGUGGAAAGCAUUUGAAAAUGACUGUUAUGUCCAAUGCAGACUCUCAAGAAGAAGAACAUUCCAACAUUUUUUUUCAGGUUCUUUUAGAUUUCUUAAGCCUCUCUGCCACUAGCAUGAUAGCUUUGACCAGAUACCCUGUCAUGACUGACAAUGAUUCUGCAGUAAUUGUUGAAAGAUUCAUAUUGGAACAGCUAAAUUUGACAAGGGAUGUAGUAUCAGAGGCUAAGAGAAUCAGUUGUGGCACAGAAGUACUGAAGGCUGCACAGAUGGUGAUUGAUGCUGUGAUGAGAUUAUGCAAGGAGUAUUUCCUAGCUGUGAAUUGGGAUCCCUGUGAUGCAAGAUUUGAGAAGGAAGAGAGUAGCGUAGACCAGAAAGUGGUCAAUAGUAGGAAUCAUGUUAUAAAUAUAACAAAAUGCACCAUAGAGAAAUUGUAUAAACUGGGCAUCCUUGCAGCAAAUGAUGGUGGAAAUCUGGUAACCGUUCUCAAUGUAUCAUGGAAAGGUGUGGUUACUUUGCUUCAGCAAGGCAAGGAAGUGCUAACCGAGGGGGUAAGCGUGCAAGAUAUUAUUGUAACCCUAAUUUCACUUGUCAAUGAACCUCUUAAGUGUGCAGCCGUGGCUUGGUCUUCUUUGGAGGAAACCAUUUCCAUGACUGAAGCUAGAAGGAUAUUUCUUCCAGCCAAGUUUUAUCUUAUUAAUGCAGUAAAAAUAUCCUCUUUCUAUCCAUGCCAAGCAUAUCUCGUAUACAGGGAGGUGUCACACUGUGUCCUAAUGAUUUCAACCUUCAGGAUUUUAUUGAGCUUUCAGAAGCUUUUGAAUACUGCCAGUGAAGUGUUCUCAGAACUUUUAGAGAAGACGUCCAUCGAUUUGCUUACUUCUUUACUGAAUUCAACUGAAGUAAACCAGGAGCAGAAGCUUGAACUUUUGGACUGGAUAUUCGCUGAUGAAUGCUGCUCAAAUUCUUUCCAUGGCGAUUUAAGUAGUUUUUAUCACUUAAAUUCCAUGGUUGAAAUCUUUUCUGUAAGUUCUGAAUCUAUACCUCAAGAGAGACUAUUGCUGCUAGGUCGGAUUGCAUUAUUUCAUACUUUACUAAGGUAUUCUAUUUAUGUUGAAGAAGAUGUCCGGAACAAACUAACAAGAAAACUUGGGUGGCUUUUGGAUAUAUUAGUUGAUGAAGAGGUGUAUUCUUCGUUUCUUGAUUUGCAAAUUCUAGUAUCAUAUGGCUGUGGGAAAACAAUUGAACUGGUUUGGCAGCCUAUUUUUUCUUCCCUUUUGGAUGCUUUAAAAACCUUCAUGAUUUUGGUGUCUUCAAGUUCCGGUUGGGUGGAGAUGGAGGCUUUUCUGCUUGAGAAUCUUUUCCAUCCACAUUUUCUGUGCUGGGAGAUGAUAAGGGAACUUUGGUGCUUUUGGUCGCGUCAUGCUGAAUCUGACAUGGUAAAUGGCAUUCUUGAUAAGUUUCUCUCUUUAAUGAAGCUACUAGCAUCUCCAGAAUCUGUUCUUAUUCAUGCUUCUCCUCUGAGGAAAAUAGCAAGAAUAAUCUGCUCGCUUCUUAUGAAUGGGUCUUCAUCUAUAGUAGACCAUGUCUACAGUUCAGUCAUUGGUGAUGGGAAAUCUCACUGGUCAUCAGUCAUGUAUAUAGCUUUGCUCUUGGAAGGUUUUCCUCUUAAUUCAUUGUCAGAUAACUUGAGAAGUAUUGCUAAACAGAAAAUUGUUACUGAUUAUUUUAGCUUCACAGCAACUUCUAGUCAUAAACUGUCGACUACCUGCAGUUCCGGUGUAUUUGGGUUUCCAGUUUUCACUCUAUCAGCUUCUCUGCAGUCACAACAGGUUAGCAUAUCUGAUGUUGACAUGAAGAGCCUCAACUUCUUAGUUACCACUAUCCGCAACUUCAAAAAUGCCGUGCACAAAUUAAUGAAGGAACAUUAUCAUAAGCUUUUAAAUGAGACACUGGGGAUCAUCUCAAAUCUAAAGCAUCUAUAUAAAUCUGAUGAGAUAGAGGAAGUUAUCCUGGAGCUUCAGAACCUGUUUAUCUCAGGGCCGGCAGCCUCUGAUCCUCUAUUGUAUCAGUGCAAACCAUACCUGCUGCUUUUUAUGGGAGGACUUGGGGACAUGGAUAUGUCAGAGAGUGAUAAUUGUGCAAAGAGCUGUGCUGUGUGGGAGUUGUAUCACAUGCUAUUCAAGGAGCGACAUUGGGCGCUUGUUCAUCUUGCAAUUGCGGCAUUUGGAUAUUUUGCUGCUCGUACUUCUUGCAACCAGCUAUGGCGAUUUGUCCCUCAAGAUGCAGCUCUUUCAUAUGAUCUUAUGUCAGGAAAUGAAGCAAAUGAAGAGAGAUUUAUGUCCGAGUUAAAGGCAUUUCUUGAGAAGGAAAUGGCUGUUCUCACUGUUAGUCCUAGCCUCGAACAACUUCAGUUGCUUGUGAAGGAAGGUAUCAUGCUGAAAGAAAUGGUUCAGAGGAUUUCAAGUAUCCAGAUAGAGACUAUGGAAUGUGAAGAUGUUGGUGUUGACGUCCAAUCCAAUAAGAGAAGAAAACUCCCUGAUGGAAUCAGCAAGGGAGUGGAACUACUCCAUAGUGGUCUGAAGGUAAUUGGUGAUGGCCUUUCCCAGUUGCAGCAGAAUCACUUUGAAUCUAGUGAACACCAUGACAAGUUUUUGACUCAUGUUUCGCAACUGCAAGAUGUGAUUACUGAUAUAAUUGGUUUAACUAAUGAAUAGUUGCAUUAUUAGUUUGUUAACGUAGGCUUAAGAACCGAGGCAAUGACUUUAAAUUGUAUAGGUACAGCUGAAAAUACUUGUAACUGAAUGUUGAGCAGGUAUGUAUAUUUGCCCAUAAUCUGAUAUUGCAUGUUCCAGAAA